AUGGUCUCCCUCCGCAACCUCCUCACCAGCGCCGUCGCCCUCACAGGCACCGCCGCCGCCGCAGCUUCCACCAACUCCACGCUAAACAUCACCGUCAUCGGCGCCUACAACAACCAAUCCACCCUGGAAUGCUGGGCCCUGACCCCUGGCUUCGCGCACUCCACGCAACCCGGCACCGAGCAGAACAUGCUGCAGGCUAUGGGCCCUGCGUCAGGAAACGUCUCGUAUAUGGUCAUCCAGCCGAGAACUGAUAACGGACAACACAAUGCGCCGAGUGCUCAAGCCAAAGAACAAGCUAACCAGUCCCCAUCCCAUGGGGAAAACAAAAGAUGGGUGAUCUUCCUCUCUGGACUCGCGCACAUCGCGCUCCCUCAUUCCCCGCAGGAGGCGUAUAUCCGGGGCGGGAAGUACGGUGCAAUCCUGGCGCUCGAUACGCCGGACAAGAGCGAUGGACAUUUGACGGAUUAUCCGUCGGAUGAGGAGACGGUGGCCGUGGAAGUGCCGUUGGCUGGGGUCCCGGGGCAUCGGGUCUUGCAUGGAGGUGGGUGUAGGGAGGAGAUGUGGUGA